GUACUUUAUUUUGAAUUAUCUCCACAUUCUUCUUCAUCCUUGUUUUCAUCUCCUUUUUCGUUGAUUUCAAAUAAUCUCAGUUUCACAAGCUUAGAUCUAUAUACAUUGUCAUUUCUCUACUGCUUUCAGAUUUAUAUGCUAGGUUUAAUUUCUUUUGCAUGCUCUUAUCAUCUCCAGGCAAAUGUCUCUUUAAGAAUUCAAAAAGUAAAGAAACAUGAGAACUCAGGUAUCUGCUAGAGUAAAAGGAAGUGAGAAGGGUAGUAGUAAUGGUCAGAAGGCGGCAAUAUAUGAUCUUAAACAAAGAGUUGUACUUUCAUUAAACAGACUUGCUGAUAGAGAUACUUAUCAGAUUGGGCUUGGGGAAUUGGAGAAGACAAUUGAAUGUUUAACUCAUGAUACGGUUGUCCCUUUUAUGUCUUGUAUAUUGGACACUGAUUCUGAUCAGAAGAGUGCGGUUCGUAAAGAAUGUAUUCGGUUAGUUGGUGUGUUAGUAACUUUACAUGAUGGGUUAAUAGUUCCGUAUAUUGGGAAGAUAGUUGCUAGUAUUGUGAAACGGUUAAAAGAUUCGGAUUCUAUUGUGAGGGAUGCUUGUAUUGAGACAAUGGGUGUUUUAGGUUCUAAAUUGAGUAAUGAAGAAGGUGAAAAUGAGGAUCUUUUUGUUGCAUUGGUGAAACCACUUUUUGAAGCACUUGGUGAACAGAAUAAAUAUAUGCAGUCAGGUGCUGCAUUGUGUUUGGCUCGGGUUAUUGACUAUUUUAACUAUCCUUCGGUAUCGAUUUUGCAACGGAUGAUGACUAGAACCACGCAGUUUCUUAAGAAUCAACAUUUUAUGGCAAAACCAGCUGCAGUUGAAUUGACUAGGAGUAUUAUUCAGGCAGGUGGCACCCCAACCAAAAAGGCAUUAUCUAUUGCUAUAGGUAGCAUCCAAGAGGCUCUCAAGAAUAGUGACUGGAACACCCGUAAAGCUGCUUCAUUAGCUUUAUUAGAACUUGCUUCAACUGGGGGACCCUCCAUUGGAUCUUUGAAGGCAUCUUGCAUUCGCUCACUUGAAUUAUGUCGCUUUGAUAAGGUUAAACCAGUCAGGGACACAAUACUGCAGUCUUUGAAUGUCUGGAGAAGUCUUCCUGGACCUGAUACACCAGAACCUUCGGAAGCUGGAUCUUCUAUCAAAGAAAACUUUUGUGGAGGUGGUGAUGUUUUUUCUAGUGCAACCAAUGGUUAUGAGUGGAAGGGUUCCCCACUUGCAAAAGCGGUUACCGAUUCAACGAAGAAAAUGAGUCCUCUUUCAGCUAGGAAGCCACGCCAAAGUAACCUUAACAACUGUCAAAAUCCAAAAGAAGCUGAGUGGCGUGUUGAAAUUUCAGUUCCAAAAACUCACAAUUUUCUUGUGUCUGAUAUCAACAACGAAGAAUCUGAGGGAAGUUCAAUUACCAAAAGCUUUGGGACAAUAAGUACUGAUAUCAAAAGUUGCCUAGAAAAUGACCAUAGAUAUGUACCAAUGGUUGACAGACAAGAAUACUCUUCUGCUUCAAGUCUUCUGACAGGUAACUCCAAAACCAAACAUGUGGAAGUUUCUAAAGCUAGACAUGAAGGGGGGUUGAAGAGAUCAGUCAAAGUAGAUCAUAUGUUUGCAAAUGAUGAGAUUGAUACAGAAGAAGAAAGAUAUCCGAUUAAUUCACAGGAUCGUAGAAGUACUGAUUCUGCAGUAGAUUCUUCUGCAGUAGAUUCUAGUUCUCCUAAUGCGGAUAGGUGCUUCCUGAAAGCAACUAAAGAGAUGGAUUCCAUCCGAAAGCAGCUUUUGGAAAUUGAGAGCAAACAAUCAGAUUUAAUGGAUAUGUUGAAGGUCUUCACUGCUAACACAACAAAUAGCCUAUCCACGAUACAGUCGAAAGUAUCUUGUCUUGAGCAAGUAGUUGACACAAUAGCUCAAGAAGUUAUUAAUGGAGGAAAAUAUGGAAAUUUUCUGAAGAUUGGAUCGCCUAGUCUCAACAAAAGCACCCCAAGGCCUUCUAUCGAUAUACGCGAUAGACAACCCUGCGUGAAAAAUACAUUUUCCAGGAGCAAACUGAGCGAAUCUCGUAAACAAGAAACUGACAUAUGGACAGAUCCCACUAUAGGGAAGCCAAACAAAGGAAAUGUCACUGUGAGAUACAAUCAAAUAAAAACGAAUGAUUCAAAUAUCGGAUCCCACAAGAAUAACUUGCAGAAAGGUCACAUUUUUGAAAGGGAACUUGAGUCAGCUUAUGUGGAGGGUCUAAAUUUGGGUGAUGAACAUUUUCUGUUUGAACUUGUUCGUAAAACUGGUCCAGUUCUUGAUAGAUUAUCGCGAAAGACUGCUUUAGAUGUUCUUAACAUUCUGGGAUCAUACUUUUUGGAACAAAAAUUCAUUAACUCGGUUAUCCCUUGGCUACAACAGGUGGUUGAAUUGAGUAAUAUCCGUGGGCAAAAUUACCUGGUGCCGUCUGCAAAAACAAAGCAGGCAUUUUUAUUAGCUAUGAAGGAAGCUGCCGGCAACAAUUUUACUAAUUCUGCAGAAAGAAGGUUCAUCAUGCAGCUAGCAUUUGAAUUGCAUCAAAUAUGGGGAGAGUUAUAAGUUGAGACUGAAAAGUUAGUUGAAGAAGGAAAUGCAGUAGAGUUUCGUAGCUCAGUGGUAGCUUAAGGUUAUGGAUUCGAGUCUUUGCACCCGAACCAUUUUCGAUUAUGUUGUUUUUCCAAUCAAAAAAGUCUAAAAUUACUGAUAUUUUAAUGCGUGAUGUAUUUGAUUAAUGACUAUGAUUAAUUACCAUUUCAAUGUUAUAGUCUUAUUUGUUAGUAAUUUUGC